AUGUCCACCAUUCUUCCCACUCCCCUCACGCUCCCCGAUGGUCUCCCAGCCAUAAUCCCCACAGCCAUCUCCAACCUCGAAACAGUCAAGCAAGCUCGAAACAACAUCAAAGGCGCCGCAGAACCACUAGACUCCAUCUCCAUCCAAGCCGACAUUCUCAUCCGCUCUCUGCUCCUCAUCAAAGAUAUCCACUCCCUCCAAACCUUACGAGUAGGCGAGCAAAUCUACCAAGUCAUGGACCUCGCCUCCCGCUUAGGGGCAUCAAUGCUAGUCAUCGCCGCGGAUAGCAGCAGCCGCACGCCGCCCCAAGAGAUCACACCGGAUAACUACGUCUACGGCCACUUGGUUACUAUGAAGGGGCAGUUGCAGGAAGCAAAAGAUACGUUGGUUGAGCUGGUCAGGUCAGUGCUCGUGGGAGUGUCUGGUAACCCCAAGGAUGGGUUUCGGGUUUCCCUGAAAGAUUUGGUGAAGGCGAAUGAGAAGGUUAGGGAGGUUAUGGGUGUCGAGAUGAGGUUGUUUGAGCGGUUGAGGGGGAAGAUAGUAGUAGUAGGGGAAGAGGGGAAAGUGGGUGGUUGUGCGGAAGAGACAGUCAUCAUCAACCUUGACGAUGCGGAUAUUGAACAUCUCGGGUUACCCCGUGUAUCGGGAGAUAUGGUCGAACAAUGGCGCGCUACAGUGGGGGCUGAGACUGGCAUCACUCAGAAGAACGAACAGUAG